AUGAUCGUGAAACUUCUGAUUUUCCACUUAUUGAUUACUGCGUUUGGUAGGUUUUCGGGUCAAAAACCUUUAAAAUGUUUUUUUUUUCAGAAUUUUCAACCAAUGCAUCGGCUAAUUGGCAAGAUAUUACACAUCAGCUCAAUAAUUUUCGACGGCUACGCGCCAACGAGCUGAAGGCGUCCAAUAUGCAGAAAUUGGUCGGUGAACUUAAAAAAUUGGGCAUUCGCCUUUAAAAUUCUGUGGUUUUUCUGAUAUUUAUUGAAGAAAACUGGUUUAAGCUGGACUUUUGGACCACUUGCAAUGAUUUGAGGCUGAAAAGCCGGGUUUUUGCGAAAAUUGCACAUAUCUCGGGACGAGAUGAACCGAUCGGCCUGAAACUUGGGUCCAAUAAACUUCAAUCCUAGUCCAAGAAGCCUACAAAGUUUGGGCCCGAUCGAAUAAUUGCAAGUGGUCCAAAAGACUUCGAAAAGCCUUUCGCGAAAUUUGCCCAGCUCUGAAAAACCCUCGAAAUGCAAAUGCUUCAGUAUUGGGACGAAAUGUUCCGAAAUUUGGCCCUGCAAAAAGUGAUCGAACUCGUCGAGCAACGCGUCGAACCGGACAAAUCGACGACUUUUUGGAUGGAGACGGAAGUCGGCGAUCCGAGUCGACGCGCCGAAGAAUUGCUGUUCGCGCUCACGAGAAGUUCGAUGCACGACUCGGAUGUCGUCAAUAAUGACACGCUAGGACGGCCCUACAAUUUGGUAUUAUUUUCUCGUCAAUUGUCUCAAUAAUUUUCAAUUUCAGGCGAUCAACCACGACGCGAUUCGAAUCGGAUGCGUCGAAAAAUUGACUGUGCACAGAAAACCGCCGGCGCUCAUUGUUUUGUGUGUUUUUGGACCGAGGUUCGUGUUUUACAAUGUAAAUCGGCGCAAACGAAACGGUCUCCCAGGGCGCUAAUGCUAAACACAGUGCGCUCGUAAAUUGCGGAGUGUCGUUGUAACUUUUGAAAAUUUGCAGGUCUAAAAAUGCAGUUCAAUUCGAGUUUACGACCUUUAUUUCUUUCUUUUUGACUUGAAAAACGUCUAGAAAACAAUAUUUUACCGAUUGGAAACCGUUCUUUACAGAAUUUAGAGUUUUUCAUGUUUUAGCGUCUUUUUCGCAUUUCGUCAAAACUUCAAACCUUUAUAUUUCAGCUCAUUUUGCAUUUUAUGAGCCCAACGAACGAUAAAAAUGUUCGCUGAAUCUUUCUUCACAAAAUUCAGGUUCCGGCGGUUAGUUUUCUUGAGCAGUUUUCGAAAACUAUUCGAAAAACAUCAAAAUCCAGGCCAAAAUCUUCAAAUCGAAAUAACUCGGCUAAUUCUCAACGAUAUGUGAGAUUUCUGUUACCAAAACGUAGCUAGUGCUCUAAUUAUUCAAAUCCAUGUUCCAGGCGUACGAAAAAAUAGAUGUAGUGUACAGAAAACAUAGAAAGAACGCGAACUCCCGUUGAAAAUUAAUUAAUCGGCCGCCGCGUAAAUCGACACAACCCGCCUGUUGCAAGUGCGCCCCAUUGAAAUCAUUCGCGCCGUGGGAGACCGUGAACGCUCUGAAAAUGUGGAAUUUGUGUCAUUCUAACUGAAAACUCGUUUUUUAUCGAUAUCGAACGAGAAAUGUUUGAGAAAACACUGAAUUUGCUCAUUUCUUUCCAGUCCCCUGCUGCUCGACGAUCGUCUGUUUUCGCGUGGCUCCGUGUGCUCAGAAUGUCCGCCGGAGACGGGCUGCGAAAAUAGCUUGUGCGACGAACGAACGCGUCCCGGAUUGCCGGCCAUUUCCGAUCUGUUGGGCGUCACAAUGUCCAGAAACUCGUUUGUUUUCGUCGGAUGCGUACUCGGAGUCAUCGUUUUGGCAAUUUUGAUCGUUUUUCUCAUGGUUUAUUUCUACUUGUAG